GCUCGGUUGGUGACAAAACUUAAGCCUAAAAGUGGUAGAGGUUGUUUUUUUAACGAUACCGGUCGAGUAAGAUACCGGUGGACACUCAUCAACUGCUGUAGAAGAAAUGUGUGAAAACAUCUUCACAUUGCAAAACUUUGGUUCAUUGCUGCUACUCCUGUUUAGUACUACUUACAUUUCAAGUCAAAGUGUGAUCCAUGAAAACUUAACUUCCCCUGUAUGUCCAAACACAUGCGGGGCUACAAAUAUUUUUCACUUUUUCAUUGGAUACAGUGAAAGUGAUCCAUGCGGAAGAUGUGUUAUUAUAUCAUGCGCAAAUGAAUUCUUCACGAUAAGUUUACCAAUUCGGGAGUUUGCAAAUCUACCAAACGAACCAGAACCGCUCAAUCUGCUUGUUGUUAGCAACACAAACUGCACCUUACAAGUUUACUCGAACAUGGGGAUGUUACUUAUUAGUGGAGACUACAAUCAAUGUGGUGGGGGAUUUUAUUGGAAGGGAGAAUCUCUUGUAUACACGAUCGUUGAAAGCAUUGCUUAUGUCAGUGGAAACUAUUAUAGAUUCGAUUUAAGUUACGAAUGUGUUUUCAAGCCACAGGACUUGUUGUUCCAGAAACUACUUCAUGAUUCAAGUGAUUUAUCCGGCGUUGAAAGUUACUGGAACAACAACAAAACAAAUCAUGAAUGCUCUUCAUAUGCAAGCCAAUUUAUUAUCCCUGCUAUUGGAACAUCAGACGUUACUCUUCACUUUGCAACAUCGAACACAACAGGAUCGCAGGUUCAUUACUCCACACUGAACAAUGCAGCACUCAACACAAGCAGUAUUAGUCAGUUUUCAUGGACACACGACUUGUCUAAUGUAUUAAAGUUAAAAAGAAAUGAAACAAUUUUAGAUCAAAGUGGUAUUCGGGUAACAACCGAAAGUCCAGUUCGUGUGGUGGCUUUUGUGGAGGAUAAUGGGAAAGCUGCAUCUUUCUCUGUCCUACCGACAUGUGCAUGGGGUACAGAGUAUGUGUUGAUAGCCUACCCUUCACCGAAUACUUCUGUGAUUAUUAUAAGUGAUGCACCAGACACUUCUGUGGAUGUAUUUACAAAAAAUGGGACUCUAAUAAAAAAUAUCAAUAUGACAUCAUCAAGUGCUGUCCGCUUGGUGGCGGGAGAGAGUGAGCUUGGUUUGAUGUCUGAUUUAAGUGGGCUUCAUGUGACUUCUAAUAAGAAGAUUGGAAUCAUCAGUAUAAUGGAAAAUGCUCAGGUUCCCUUUAACAGUUCCGCUCCGUUAACCACAGAUCACAUGGUUGAACAACUUCUCCCAACAUCACUGUGGGGAUGGCAUCAUACCUUCACUAGUGAAGCCUCCCAUUUAUCUGGAUCCAUACUUCGUGUGGUGUGUGCUCACACACCAACUACUAUAUUGAUAUCACUAUCAUAUGUAGAUAACUGUAGCACCACCAACCACACCAUACCACCUUACUCAUUCAUUGAUGUUCAUCUUGCUGCUGGGUCAACUGGAAUCGUAAAAAGUGUGGAUGGAACUUUGUUUUCUGUUGUCAUGUUUGGAAAAAGCAGUCCACGACCAGCUGCAUCCCGUUCAAUGAUGAACAGCGCACACAACAUGCUUCGUAGUUUCCUGCGACAUUCAAUACCACCAGCAUCAUCUUUCCCAUAUAUGACAAUCAUUCAACCAACAAGGAGUUUUUACACAAUAGAAACUGUUCCACAGUUUAAGAAAGCAAAACAUUCUUCUAUUAACUUGGUGUCUAGUUCACCACAUGAUGUAAACAUUCUUGGUUUACCUACACUACCAACAUCAUGGAAAGUUGUAUGUCACGAUAUCCACACAUUCCAACACUCUGUUGUCAAAUCUGAGUUAAAUUUAAUCACCUCCACAACCUUAUUUGGAAGUUCUCAGUAUUCUCAUUCAAAUACUUUCACAACUGGCCACACAGGAUCCAUGCUGUUUGAUCACACACAAGUACAAUAUACAACAAAUCCAACUACUGUGACAUCACAACCGACAACUGUGACAUCACAACCGACAACUGUGACAUCCCAACCAACAACUGUGACAUCACAACCAACAACUGUGACAUCACAACUGACAACUGUGACACAACCGACAACUGUGACAUCACAACCGACAACAGUGACAUCUCAACCAACAACAGUGACAUCUCAACCGACAACUGUGACGCAACCGACAACUGUGACAUCACAGCCAACAACAGUGACAUCACAACCAACAACAGUGACAUCACAACCGACAACUGUGACAUCACAGCCAACCACAAAUCCUGUAGUUUGUCAAAACGGUGGAACAAUUAUACAGAAUCUAAACAGCUUGACUUGUUCAUGUUUGAAUGGAUUUAAUGGCGCUCUGUGCGAAAUACAAACCCCCCCACAAGGUGGUGUCUUCAUUGUUGAUGUCACAGGAAAUAUUGAUGAUUUAUUUCCCGACAAUCAACGUAAAAGAAGAUCAACGAACAGUGGGGUUGUAGUUGAGCUUGUCGACCUUGGUGGAAGUUACGCACUGCGUGCAAAACGUGGCUGCCCUGAUGGAAAGUUUUGUAAUGCAUGGUUGAAUGUGGUUGGUGUGGUGGUGCAAUUUGUCCCAUACAUUGAAACUUAUCACAACUUCUUGCUGGAACUUGUGAAUUCAUCAACACAAAGUUACAAGUUGUUAAGUAGCUAUGAUGGAAGACAUGUUGUUUAUAAUCAGGGUUAUAAGUUGUCAAGUUCAAAUACCAGCGUUGCUAUCUUCAAGUUCUCUGUGGCAAACAAUACAACAUCGGAUUCAUCAUCUAUAUAUCAAAACUACACAAGAUUUUUAGUUUAUUUCCCAACAAAAAAUGUGUCGGGAGUAUCCAUACCACUCGAGGCACAUGUGAGCAAUCGGUCGUUUACGAUUUGUUUAUCUUUUCUUGCAUUCUCAUCUUCAAAGUUGACAAUCCCAACUUUCCAAUUCUCUCCAUCUAAUAUUACAAUGCAGGAGUUUUUGCAUUCUACAGGUUUCAGAACUUAUAAAAUUCAAUACAGCAACAAUACUGAGAUUGGAGUAUCCAGCAAAUACAUGGGUUUGGAUAAAAAUACUUGGCAUAAACUUUGUGUUCGCAUGAGUGACAACACUGUGGAGAUAUUUGUUGACGCUUUUCGGUUACCACUUCGCGUUGAUAGAGACGUCUUGCAAAAUUUUAUAUUUCAUCAAAAAUGUUUAGUGAUAAUUGCAUAUUGUGAUGGAGAAAAUGAAACCAACUGUUUCGCAGGUUUUAUUCAAAGCAUUAACAUCUGGUCAAGUUAUCUCAGUGAUAAAGAAAUUCAUUCUGUAUCUACAUUCAUGUCCAUGUGUGGUAUGAAACACACACAAGUUGCCUUUACCUCAGAUGAUUCGAAACAAGUUCACAACAUCACCAUGCUAGGAGAAAAUAUCAGAAUGUCAACACAAUCUAUCCCAAUCUGUACUUGCCGUUACUGCCCUCAAUCAUGGAGUUUAUACGGAGAUUCAUGCUUCCACACCACACACCCACAACUGUAUGAUGAAAGUCAAAUCCGAGAAACAGAAGUUUGUGUUGCAUCAAAUCUGGUAGCAAACUUAACAAGCAACCAAGUUAUGGCAGUCUCAAGCUUCUUAGACGGCAUUCACACCAUAGAGAAUGGUUCAUAUUAUGCCCCACAUAUAGAUAACACCACAGUGAAGUUAUGUUCACAGUAUCUUCCAACUAAAGCUGCCAAUCUUACUGAGUUGCAACAUUGGCCAAGCUUGGUACCAGGUACUUUGCCUCAACCACGAGAAUUUAAAUCAACUCGUGUUGGUUGUAGUUUCUCAUCUGCUGUUUGCCAUCAACAAUCUGGAACUUUUCAGCCAUCUGUUAAAGUCCAGGUGAUAUUUUCAUUGAAUUCUUUGUGUUCCGAAAGUCAAGUAACAGGAUAUCGUGAAGUGUUGGUGAUGAUGGCUAAACGUGUAAGAUCUGUAAACAAAGAACUUUGUUUCAUUCACCGAUCAUUGAAUACAACAUCUUCAUUUUGUUCAGAUGACUUAAACAAAUUUAUUCAGUUCACCAACAACCUCACUUCACUACAUACAAGCAAUUUGUCGACGAUGAGUGGAUUUAUUCAAUCUAUGACAUCUAAAAGUGAUCGAACAUUUGUAAUUAUCGCUUCCUCUUCAAUAUUCAACAAAAGUAGUUCAUUGUUGAAUUUGAGAAAGGAAUUAUCAGGCUCUGGAUCUUUGUUUGUGUUGGGAUUGUGUUCAACCAACCAACCUUCAACACAAUAUUCAACCAACAUACAACUUAAUACUUCACUAUCUGUCGAUCAAGAAUCAAAACUAAAACGAAAAUUUGAUGACUUUUUAUGUGGUCAUGUAGAAAUAGUAAAUGAUAUGUUGUCUCCGUGUGAUUCAUCCCCUUGUAGUAAUAAUGGAACAUGUCAAGUGAAUGGUUCAAGUCAUCAUUGUAUUUGCAUGGAAGAUUACUUUGGAAAAAGUUGUCAAUACUUGAUGCCAGAUAUAAAAUGUGGAUCAUCGGAAAUAGUUGUUGAUAUAGAUGCUAAGUUUGUUAAAGAUAAAUCAUCCAUGGCAUUCAACAACAGUUCAAUAUUUUUUGAUGGAUUUCAAGACCUGGAUCAUUGUAAUUCUAAAUCCACUAUAUUGAACAUGCAUGGUGAUGCAGUGUAUAAACUAAAAGUUAACCUCCCAUUUGUUCAAUGUGGGCUAUAUGUUGAAGUUCAUGAUAGCAUCAUAACAGUUAGUGGAUCAAUAUACCAAGGUCCUGUGUCAAGCAAUCCACUUGUUUCCUUCGCAAGUUUUAUUGGAAAUAUAACUUGUUAUUAUCAAAAUAAAUACCACGUUGGAAUGGGCCCAACUAAUAUAACAAAAAGCUACAAAGUAACUGACAGAGACAGCAACUACUUUGAUCUUCACGGCUCCGGGCAAUUUUUAAUCGGCCUUACAUUUUACGGAGACGUGAACUUUGCUAAUAAAUUACCUAACGAUCCACUCAUGGUGGUUGGAUAUCCCAUCUAUGUUCUCAUAUAUGCAGUUGUUCCAAGUGACACAAAGUUAUAUGUGCAGUCAUGCGUUGCAUCACCUGAUACAGUAUAUGAUCCUAACUCGCCAAGAAUUGUUCCAUUGAUCACUAACAAUUGUUUGUCAAACUCUGGUAUUCCGACCACCCUGUUCACGGUUGAACGAUCAAGAUUAAAGUUCAGUUUUAUUGUUUUUCGAUGGAAAGAUAGAAGUUCUGAUCGUGUCAAUAUUUUCUGCUCAGCACAAGUUUGCCAACUAACUGAUUCAAGUUGUAUGAAGAAGUGCCAAGGUUCACGGAAUCGCCGAGCGUUUGAUGAGAAAUCAAACAACCAACUUAUUUCCGCUUCUAUUCGAAUUGUUGAACCAGAAACAACCUUAAAUAAAUCUGCUCAAGGAAACAGGACUUUAAAUAAGUUGUUACCAACUGAAAGUUUUCUUCAAAAUGAAACUUGUUUUAAUUCGACUUCGUUGGCAUUACUUCUGUUGAUAACCUUCAUUUUCUUUUCCAUCAUCAUCAUAGUGAUUCUGCAUUUAACCAGAACUCAAAGUGCAGGAGAAUGUGCAAAACAUGUACAAAGUCGUUACUAUGGUGGGAUUCGUAUACCAGGUUAUUUAACCCGAAUUGAAUCAAAUACCAACGGUGAGUUAAACAUACAAUGUGUUUUAUAA